GGUUUUUUUUUUGUUCGAAGUUAUAAUUUUUCUCCAACCACGUUUCUCCAUACUUCGAACGGUCAAAUCAUCCCACCUUAUUUCUACCGCAUAGUAAACAAACUUUAGUAGAAUACAGUUAUCCAGCAGAAUCAUCCGAUCUCCAGCUCUGUUUCCAGCUCCCCGCGCACUUUGCUGUCCCAUCUCCCCAUUGGAAAGGUAAACUGUGGAUGUCCCGCCUGGUCCACCACCGAGGCACCCUUGAGCGCAUGAACCUUUACCACCUUACCAAACUCGACUUGCAUUUACAUAUAUAAUACUCAGGUCCUUAUUAGAGGACAAGACGCUCCACCUACACCCAUUAGUACACGCUUUUUUCGAGUACGGCAUAUUUCACGCCUUAAUUCUUCCUUCGCCCUCGACCUUGACCGACCUCUCUCAACCACGCUUUGUCAGCCCGACUUUCAGACCUCCCCGCCCAUAGCAUAUUAGGCGUAAGAAAAUAGGAAUAAUAUUGAGAUCGAUUGCACAAAUUACGUAGGACUCAAUAAGGGAAAGAGAAAAAAAGAAAACAACAAUUUGCGCAGAAGGUUAGGGGAAGCAAGAAUAAUCUAGCCAUUAUGAGUUCAGGUUAUCCAGCUCCGCCUGUCCACCAUUCGCAGGCAUUCCCGCCCGAGAUGCCAGGCCCGUCUGCGCAUCACCCAGGCUAUGCCCAACUUCCUCCACCUAUGUCCUUCAAUUAUCAACAAGAUCCUAUAACAAACCCUCACCGCACGAAUAUGCCACCCCCGAGAACGAAUAUGGCCCCGCCCAACAUGCCCGGCCCUAGAGACCGCACUGGAGAGCUCACCGCAACAGAGAACGGCGUUGGCGGUCCCGGUUCCAAUCCGCUUACCUCUAAACCUGGAGCAGAAGAAAAGGACAAGCCGGCUCCGCAACCUAUCGAGGGUACCGACACAUCUAGGAAAUAUAGACUCGAAGUUGUCCAACAACCUUUGAGGGCGAGAAUGUGCGGGUUCGGUGACAAGGAUCGACGGCCUAUCACCCCUCCGCCAUGUAUUAGACUCGUUGUGAUGGAUAAAACUACGGGCAAGGAAGUAGAUUGCAAUGAGGUUGAACACCAACAUUAUGUGUUGCACGUUGAUCUAUGGUCUGAAAAUGGAGACAAAGAGGUUAAUCUCGUCAAACACUCCCAGCAGUCGCCGUCCAUUUCAUCUACACAAGCCUCCUCUUUCCGAGAAGUAAUCGAGGGAAGCCAGACCGGCGGCUAUGGGUACCAAUCCAUUGUGCCCUCAAACCGGGAAUAUGCACAGCAGACCAAUGCAGGCUACCCUCACGCAAUGCCUCCUUAUCAGCCAGACCCGUACGGACAAGGGUACGGUUAUCCCCCACAAGCCCAGCCAUACGGUUACCCUGGCGGGGGUUAUCGAAACGACAUGGUACCAGGUGUGCCUCAGCUUCCAUCACAGCCAAUGUUCGGACCUCGUUUUUCCCAAGAUAUGUCCGGGCACCAGAUGACGCAACACCGUCUGAUGGGACCUCAAUCACCAAACGGCAUGUACACGAGAAACCUAAUUGGUAGCCUUGCUGCCAGUGCGUCGCGUCUCACCGAUCCUACGGACAAGAUUGGAAUAUGGUUUAUUUUGCAGGAUCUAAGUGUCCGAACUGAGGGCUGGUUUAGAUUGCGAUUUUCAUUUAUCAAUCUACGAAGACCGGAUGCGACUUCUAAUGGUGGCAGCGAUGCCGAACUCCUGAACCGAGGCAGAGCGCCAGUUCUUGCGCAAGUUUUUAGCGAGAAGUUCCAGGUGUACUCGGCCAAGAAAUUCCCCGGUGUCUGCGAAAGCACUGCUCUAAGUAAGUGCUUUGCUGUGCAGGGAGUUAAGAUUCCAAUUAGGAAGGAUGGCCAAGACGGAAAGGGAAGCAAGGGUAGAGCAUCGGAUGAUGAAGAGGACAAUUAGGAUUUGUCUCGACCGUUGUCCGAAUAUGGGACGAAUUUGACUCCGUUGGAUGUUACGCCUGCCGGGUUCGGCUACAUUUCCCUUAGAAUAGGGACAACCUAUCAUAUCACGAUAUACCGUCGAGAGCAUUUACGCUCGCAUACCAUUGGACGGUUACAUAUCAAAAAGGGACACAAAUUCCACGUAGGGAAUAGAAAGGUCCGUUUGAUGCCGACGGAAAACGAGGUCGGGCGACGACAGGGCGAAACUUGGGAUUGCCCGGUUCAACCUAGCAUAUGGUUGACUAGGUUUAUACGUUACAUUUGCAAACCGAGGAUUUGGUUCUGCAAUAUACCCGCCAUAAGCACAGAUGAGAUGUAUGGAAGCGAUGAAUUUCAAAAUAAAAGAUAUGCGCGUCAUUGGUUUUCGGGACGCAGUAACUUUCCGUCUAACUACCUUGAUGAAUACCUAAUUUCCGC